AUGAAGUUCUUCAACUUGCUCAUAGGUGUUGCAGCCGCUGAAUCAGCCCUUGCCGCGCCGGCUGGCGGUGUUCUCAUCCCAACCAGAACACAAAGGCGUACUCCCAAGUCCCAGUUCGUGGGUAUCGAUGAGACUGGUGCCGAGUUUGGCAAGGACACACUCCCCGGACGACUCUCAUCGGCCGGGGGAAUCCCUUUCAUGAUGGAGGGUCUGGUCCCCAAUAGGUCGACAGGUCCCGUCGACAAUGCCUAUGCUCCGGGGCUUAUUGACGUAUGUGGAGCCCUUUUCGUCGGUAUGCUUGAGAGAGAAGAGACUCACAAUCUUUUGAUCGUCAACCACGUCACUAGCAAGGGAGCCUAUGCUGUCCUUGACUCGCACAACUUCGGUAAAAAGAUCCCAAACUGUUCGCCGACAAUGACCAAGGUCACCUUCUACGAGAACAAUGAGUACUGCGACAUGGACAACCAGCUCGUCCUCCGUCUCAGCCAGGCGGCCAUUGGAAGGUAUCCGCGCCGCGGGAGCUACUUCACAGCGAAUAUUUGUCGAGGGCAAUUCACGGACAGGCGCCUGGGCCUGGGUACGCAUACCCUGGCUUCUUCCCCUGGGGUAUCACUGACGAUAGGUAUCCAGGUCGCUAGCGGCAACGCUCUAAUCCUCCUCAACCUCAUCAACCCCGCUGCGCCAGACGACUCCAAGAUCAUCUACGAAAUGCACCAAUAUCUCGACAUCGGCGGCUCUGGCACAUCCGAGAACUGCGUGUCCUCCACCAUUGACAAACAACGCCUGCGCGAAGCAGCGGCCUGGCUCAAGGCAAACAACAGAAGAGCAUCCUGGGCGAAACGGCUGGCGGCGCCAACACCCAGCCUGCCAGGAGCCCUCAAAAAGGCUCUGGCGGUUGGGGCUGAUCCGAAUCAUGAGUUUUGCCUGAGCAGCAUCUUUAUCGACAUCUGGGAAGCUGCUAUGAAGGUAUAUAAGACCAAUGUGUUGUGGGAGAAAAGUAAUCCUGCCUUUUGGCCUGCUCUCGGUUUGCACCUUGAAGAGAAUCUAGUCAGGGAGUAUAAACAGCAGGCGAGGGCAUUAACGCCAACCCACACUACUUUCGAUGUGUUUGCCCCCACCCAUCCUCGAGGUGAAGGACCUUUCGGGGAGGACGAUGAUGACGAUGAGGUGCGCAGUUAUGAGAAGUUCUAUCCUGGCUAUGGCGAUUCUGGAGAAUGUACUCGCAGGUUUACGGCGCUUCACAUUGCUGCAAGGGAAGGCCACAGCGAUAUCAUCACUCUCCUAUUGGAUCACGGUGCCGACAUCGAAAGCCUAUCGACAAACUUUUGUGAUUGUAUCACGAGUGACGGGUUCAUGAACGACCUUGGCCCUGACCCAUGGGACACGACUCUUUACGAAAUACAGCGCUGGUCUCCACUCCAUGUCGCCAUCUGUUCAGGCCAUACCGAAGCGGCUAAACUUCUUGUUUCAAGAGGAGCCAAGGCGGUUUACGAGCCUGAGCCAGCAUCCGAUCCGUCCCUUCCUCGUCCUUCGAAGCGCAAGAGUCCUUUCGCAAAAGCGGCAGCCUUGGGCCAGGUUGAUGUGCUCCAACGCGUUUUGGACACUCAUCCAGGCUUUAACGUCGAUCAAACGGACGCGGCUGGACUUUCUGCACUCUACUAUGCGUGCUACCAUCGCCAGUGGGAUACAACGGUCCCUUUCCUCCUUCAGCAUGGCGCGAAUAUCAAUCAUCCUGUGCGGGUUCGGUGGGGAAGAAGCACUUUACUCACAAACAUCCUCGGGGAGGCCUGUUACCUUGGUCAAUUUCGGACCGCCUUAAAGCUGCUCGAUCUCGGUGCCGACCCCUCGGUCGGCAUUCGGGUCUUAGAUGAUCGAAACGACGAGAGUCAAGAUCCCAUGGACGCAGAACCUGACCCUGGUUCCGGCACUUAUGUUCCUCUGCCGCACCUCUGCUGCAUCCGCUAUCUGGACUUGCACCGCUCUCCUCGCAGCUGGGGUCUUCCACCACCGCACUACAUCCUUUCUGUCGAAGAUUCGUACCGACAACAAGUGAUUGAGAAAUUGCUUGCGGCCGGUCUUUCGCUCGAUACGUUCUGGACCUGGGCCCCUGCCCAUGGCUACAACCACAGUCCUCUGACACUAGCCGUUCAACAUUUGAAUGAUGCUGCUGUUAAGACGCUAAUUAAUGCCGGUGCUGAGGUUAACGCUUGCAAUUCCCAGGGACGAAACGCCUUGAUGGUGGCCGUAGCCGAAGUACCGAGCGAGUCGGUUUUACGCGACCCAGAUCACCGCCGAUUAUCUGACUCGUACUGGAACCUGGUCCCUUUUCAGGAAUGGGGCCUGCCAUUUGACCACGAUUAUCCCAACCGGCCGCAUAUUGUCAGCCUUCUUCUCGAGGCCGGAACUCCUGUUAAUCAGCAGGACCUGGACGGGAACACGGCGCUUCACCUUCUUUUCGAUGGAUACCGAGACCAGAGCCGCCCAUGGAUGCCUCUCAAGUCGGCCAAACAGAUUCUCCGUUUGUUGCUGUCCAAAGGCGCCGAUCCGUUCAUACGUAACAACUCAGGAGAGACCCCCUUCCAGAUUGCUGUUCGUAGGGAAUGCCAUUACGCGCUUGACAUCCUUGCCAGGCAAAGCCGUAUCGAUCCAGGAGAUCGCCUUAGUAUGCCAGAAAUCGUUGCCAUGUUCCGCAACGCACAGCCUAGCAAUCUGAGAUCCUCUGAUUUUCAGGAAGAUGACGAAUAUACUGACGAUUUGGGCCAAGGGUACCGAGAAGAUGAAAACGAAGACGGCAUGUACUCUUCGUCUGACCCGGACGACGAAAGGGAUUCCUACACUGGCAUGCCCUCCUAUACAACUAUGCAGGUACGGAAGCUGCAGGAAAGAUCUCGCCAGAUCUUCACUUUCCUCCUGGAUGUGUUCAGUUCGAAGUCCUUGCUGUCUUACCCGGAGUUUGUGGACUUGUGCAUCAACGACGGCAAACCACAAUCACCCCUUCUGGAUUUGGCAGUCCAACAACUGUACCAAGGCUCCCUCUCCCACGCCGAUUUGCUCACGGAGAGCAAAAUUUCUUUGCUGUUGAAGGCGAUUGUCACUAAACGCUGGGAAACUGCCCACGUCAUUCUUGACGGCUUCGCCGACCAUGAAAAGAGAACACUCGUGUCCACAACCCAGGAAGAGCUCCCUCUCAUACGGGCAAUUGAAGCCAAAGCUCCUGCUAGCUUCGCUAAACGUCUCCUUGAGGCUGGCUUUAACGCACAUCAGCUCCUUGAGUUGCCAUCAAGCAAGGGGAAGUUCACAACUCCGUUAGGAGAGGCCAUUAAGUCUUCAAACUUCGGCGUGGUUGAAGCCAUGUUACGCUUGCAGCCCUUGCCCCAACCGCCGCUACCGGAGGGCACGCCGCAUUACCUGCACUGGGCGGUUACUGCCGUCUUGAACAAUGCUUAUUACAAUGGUGUGGGCUCAUGGGAGAAGCCGAAACGCAGCGCGCGGAAGCAGUCGCGAAAUAUCCUUCGCGCUCUCCUGGCUGCUGGCGCCGAUACCACUCAGCUUAAUGCUAGCGGACAAACCCCGUUCUGUUACUUUGUGCUGAGCUUGACCCGGCAACCGUCGAUCGUUAUGGACACUUAUGACCUAUUCAAGCCCCUUGCUAGAGGGGUUGAUCUUCACCUCAAGGAUGCUUUAGGCUACUCCGCCUUGGAAUAUAUGGAGCAACUUCUGAGUGCGAAGUCUGCCCUUAAACAGUGGGUUAAGAUUUUGGAACUUGAGGAUGGAACUAAGAAAAUUCACUGGCUGAAAUGA